UGACUUAUUUGUUUUGUUUGAAAGUUCCCUCUAUGAAUGUGUUUGAUGCACAAAAUGUCUUUUAUUGGAAUGAAGUCAUUUCUCGGUGACCUACUCAGUAGGCAUGGGUCUGUAAUCCAUCUAACGAAACCUCCUAUUCUAAUGAUUCCCGGAGUAUAGUUAUAAUGGUAGGGGGAGUUUAUACCUUCUUUGGUGGCCCUUGGAUGCACCACACCUUGGAUUUUGGGAACAAAGUAGUUGUUGAAGCCUGUGGUAUUUGGCAACCAGACUCCUCUUCCUUUCUAGAUCAACUACACUUUUUGACCCUUAAUUCCUUGAGAUUAGGAGAGUGAGUCCUAUUGCUGUAAUGUAAAUAGCCCCGGCGAGUCUGGCUUUCCCAUUAGUAGCUUGGUCCAUCUUUUCCAGCGAGGAGUUCUCUCGAAUCAAGGGUACUACUCAUUCCCGUUCUGAGGUGUAAAUCAAAAGCUUCACGGGCGAACCAACAGCUCAUGAGAGAGUCUUUUUUCAUUCGAAUUCAUCAUAUAGGUAGCAGAAAACUCAGUGGACUCCUUUCUUCGUUCGUGGGUUGGUCAGCCAAAGAGCCCUAGCUUGGAAGGGAGCCCGGUUGGAACCGAGGAGAAUGCGUUUUUUUCCAUCUUGCGCCAAUGAAGUCAGUCCGUUCCAGACCUUGGCAGGUGUGGAUAAUGGAAUAUAGAAUAGUAUUCCCCGCAUCAGUAAGAUAGGUCAAGCAAGGCCUUUUCUUUCGUUUAUAGAAAGCCGCUGAAGCUUGAGUGAUGUCUUUGAUGGGAUGAAGAGAGAGAUAUAUAGUUCGUGUGCAGUGAGGGAUCUUUAUAGGCAGCCAGUCUUUACUUAACUCGGCCCAAGCAACGCUCCUUCACUCCCAUGCCUUUCUUGGUCGGACCAACCCAACCGGUGAUUUCCGACAAGUCUUGACUUCAUUUUUCGAGCAAGAAGCGGAACUACAAGAAAGCUUUCUUUAUCUUUAUGGAUAACCAAUUCAUUUUCAAAUAUAGUUGGGGGACUUUACCCAAGAAAUGGGUCAAAAAAAUGGAAAGAUCGGAACAUGGGAAUAGAUCUGAUACCAAUACGGACUACCCAUUUCCAUUGUUGUGCUUUCUGAAAUUGCAUACCUAUACAAGGGUUCAAGUUUCGAUCGAGAUUUGCGGAGUUGAUUAUCCUUCUCGAAAACGCAGAUUUGAAGUGGUCUAUAAUUUACUGAGUACUCGGUAUAACUCACGCAUUCGUGUACAAACCAGUGCAGACGAAGUCACACGAAUAUCUCCGGUAGUCAGUCCAUUUCCAUCAGCCGGCCGGUGGGAGCGAGAAGUUUGGGAUAUGUUUGGUGUUUCUUCCAUCAAUCAUCCGGAUCUACGCCGUAUAUCAACAGAUUAUGGUUUCGAGGGUCAUCCAUUACGAAAGGACCUUCCUCUGAGCGGAUAUGUGGAAGUACGCUAUGAUGAUCCAGAGAAACGUGUGGUUUCUGAACCCAUUGAGAUGACCCAAGAAUUUCGCUAUUUCGAUUCUGCUAGCCCUUGGGAACAGCGUAGCGACGGAUAAUUCAGAAUCAGAAUAGGUCCAGUCCAGAGAGGACAAAUCAAUAGGAAAUGCUAUUUGCUUCGUAAGAAAAUCUGAAUGCACUUCUAUGAAAAAAAAGAGUUUCACGGGAAUUGUCUUGAUCGUCGGAUAUCAUUGAGAAAGAAAUAUACAGAAGUGUUUCUCGAAUGAUUUCCCAGUAUGGAAUGAGUAAAGAAUCAAGCGAAAAGUCUCGAUCUAUACGAACGGCACUGGUUUUUUGUGUUUCUUUCGGUUUCAUGGAUAGCAUCAAAUCCCGACUUUCUACUAUGAAACGUAAAGCGCUUGACUAAUGGGCAAAGGAGCCUGAAAAACGUAAUAGGCUGCUACUCUAGGCUCGCUUCUUCAAGCUCCGCCCCUUAUUGAAAAAGCGCUAACAAGCAAGAAAGAAUAAGGCGCCAAUCUCAUAUUAGUAAAGCAACCUUUCGCGCUAGGCGCUCACUUUUUUUGUCCGGGUUACAGCGCUGGCGGCAGGGCUUGUUGCUUAACCGGAUACACGGAAUUAGGAUCUCUGUCGCAUGCAAAUCUUUCUAUCGGGAAAGCCUCGCUUAUUCAAAGGGCUGAUUAUUUAGAACCCUUAUUGCUUAUAAGUAAGUAAGCGUUAGUAGGAGCGGCGGGAUGAUGAUGAGUAUCUAAAUCAAUAAAGACCAAAAAGCAGAAAUGGAAAGAGUACAACAAACAGGAGAAAGAAGAUCUCUUAUUACUAUAUAUUCAUGCAUAUUACUAAAGAUGACUUGUCGGUAGGAAAGAACUAUGUGGAAAACAGGGCAGGGAUUCUCUACAAUGACACUCACGACCAAUUGAAAGGGAUGUAGUGCAGCUUGGACUUUGUUUUGGGUCCAAAAUCUCAUGGGUUCCAAUCCUGUUCUUCUCCUCUGGGCAGUCACGAGGGAUCCAUUGAGAUCGAUUCAAAUUGGACAUACAUAAUCUUUCAUUUUAUGAGACUAUAUGCAUGCAAGAUGUAUUGGGAAAAAGCAUCCUUCUUUACAGUCGUAUCUACUGUGAUAAGAAAA